AUGCUUCAGCUCCUUGCUCUUGUGGCCUUCGGCGCUGUGCGUGCCGAGCUUGGCGAGCUUGCGGCGGAUGACGAGUGCACUACUGACGGCUGCGCGCUUUCAGCACUUCACCUCCGCAGCUCCAAGCGCAGCGAAAUGACGGCCCAGGAGGAAUCUGCCGUCGACACGGGGUGCCAUGACAUUCGGGAAGGAGAGGGCGGUGCAUGCUGGGAGGCCAUCAUGUGGGGCAAGAAUGUUGGCAUGCCGCAGCAUCCGGAUUGGUAUCCGGGGAUGACAGAGGACUCCCCUCUGUCAGAGUGGCAGUUCAAGGCAUGGAACACAACGCAUCCCAAGUGCCCUCGGCCCUGCAGUGUGCCUGCGCCCGGCGGAUGCGUGAACGUCCCGGCCCCUAAGCUCUGGAAGCCAGCGGCGGCCGGGGGCAACCUUGAGAUCAAGGUUUUGUCCUACAACCUCUUCUGGUGGCACCUCUUCAAGGUGGAGGGUGGACGAGGCGACAGCGCUGGACACUUGAUCCAGAAUACGGCCAGUCCGCCCUACGAUGUUAUGGGCUUCCAGGAGUGCGAGGAUCCGGUGCGGGUGCUCGGCCACGUGGGUUUAUUGGAGCAGUACGAAGCAUUCCAGGGCAAACACGCCAUCUGCGUAGCCUACAGGAAGGCAGCCUGGUCACUGCUGGAGCAUGGUGAGACAGACGUGGCGGAGGAUAUGCGAACCGAGUACUACGGCACUCGUGGCACUCAGUGGCUGAGGUUGCAGCACAAGGGAACCGGUCGAAAGCUGUUCUUUGUGAACCACCAUGGCCCGCUCUCGGUGAACUCCGGUGGCCUUUGCGGUGGCGAGGCCACUGCACACAAGAUCCUGCAUGUGAUGGCCAGGCACGGCCAGGUGGGCGACACUCUGGUCCUUGUUGGAGACUUCAACGCCAACGCGGCAUCGCGGACGGUGCAGGCCAUGUGGCCGCAUCUUCAUCACGUGUACAACUCGCAGUCAUUCGGCGGUGUGGACAACAUCUUUGCCAAUCUGGCGCAUCAGGACGAUGUGGUGGAGACCAAGGACAUUGGGUCUGGUGGCAGUGACCACCACGCCAUCUCGGCCAUCAUCAGUGUGGGGCCGCGACCGCCCAAAGUGCAGGCCGCUGCAGCUCCCAAGGCUCAGAUGAAGUCUCUGGACGCGAACUGCCACACUGCGGCAGAAGGAGAUGGGAAAUGCUGGGAGGAGGUGCACUGGGCAAUGUCCCAGGGUAUCUACGAGCACCCAGAGUGGUAUCAAGGCCUUGAGCCCAGCUCCAGCGUGGCCAAGUUUCAAGCGAAGGUCUACAUGGAAAACCCAGGGAAGUGCCCCCGUCCUUGCGGCAUCCCAAAUUUGCCCAAUGUGGAUGGGCCGACACAGACGGGGCCCAUGAAGGAUGGCUCCAAGUUCUCCGUCGAAGUGCUGGACCGCGCCCAGGGCUCCGACUCCUGUCUGCUGGAGCCACAGACCGAGUACGCGGUCGCUGGGGGCUGGUACCAGAUGAGAAAAGGUAUCCAGGACCCGCGUGUCUGCUGCCAGCUGUGUCAGCAGCAAGGGCAGUGCAAAGCCUG